AUGGCUUGCACUGAGGGAUCAAGUGACAAAUGUUCUCAGCCUGCUCAGUCGUUCAGCUCACCCUUACGCGCCUUAGACAGCCCCGAGCUGCCCAGAGAGACGGCACGGGCAAUCCAGCGACUCGGUGGCUCCGAAAUGCAGCAAGUGAUAGCUGUAAAGCCAAUGUCAAUAGCAGAAGCAAAGAGCCCCGCCCCGCGCGCGGAAGGCACGAGGCCCCGUGCGUCACGGGCUGCCGGCGCGGCGAUUGGCUGGGGCGGCCCUGCCCCGCCCCCCGCGCCCGGCCGCGGAUGUCGCAGCCGCUUUGCGCCAUUGUCGUUUGAAACUCGGCCCAAGAUGGCGGCGGCGGGCGGUAGCGGGGCCGAGGCGGCGGCGGCGGCCAGGCCGGAGGGGGCGGAGGGAGAGGAGGAGACGGCGGCGGCCGCUGCGGCGGAGGAUGGGGAGGACGGGGAGGGAGACGGCGGCGGGGCGGGCAAAGCGGCGGGUGCUGCGGUAGCAGCCGGCGGGGAGGCUGGCGGCGGCGAGAGCGAGGAGGACGAGGAGGAGGAGGGGGAGGACGUGUUCGAGGUGGAGAAGAUCCUUGACGUGAAGACCGAGGGGGGUAAAAUUCUCUAUAAAGUGCGGUGGAAAGGAUACACCUCUGAUGAUGAUACGUGGGAACCAGAGGUUCACUUGGAAGACUGCAAAGAAGUGCUGCUUGAAUUCAGAAAAAAGAUUGUGGAUAAUAAGCCUAAACCUGUUAAAAAAGACAUACAGAAACUAUCUCUAAAUGAUGAUAUAUUUGAAGCAGAGUCUGACAGUGACUGGCAAAGUGAAACAAAAGAUGAUGUUUCACCAAAGAAGAAAAAGAAGAAGUCAAAAGAUGGAGAGGAUAAAGGUUCAGAUGACCUGAAGAAGAAGAAAUCUAAGUCUGCAAAACUCAAGGAAAAACCUAGAACAGAAUGUGAAAAUGCCUCAGAUACUUUGGUUUUAGAUUCAAAGCCAAAAAAAAGGACUUUAGAAACCAAGGAGGAUUCAAAGGACCCAAAGAAGCAAAGGAAAGAAGAUGCUAAAGAAAACAAGAAAAAGAAGGGAGAAGUUAAAGAUGUAAAAAUAAAACCUAAAGAAGAUUCUAAAGAAAAUAAAAAAACACAGAAGGAGAAGCAUGGAGAUGUUCAGUUUGACUCAGAAUCAAGCACUGUAGAUGAUACAUUUUAUCAAGGAACUGAUAAUGAAAAUUCAAACUUAAAUUCUGAAAAUAAAGAUGAGAAACAAAAGGUAGUAAGUGGAGAAGAGAGAUUAGAACAAGAAAUUGAUGAAAAAGAUCCCAUUACUGAUAAAUGUCUUGAUGGAUCAGCAAGUAAUGAAGAUGAUAGUGUUGAUGCUAGGGUUAAAAGAAAGAAGAAAAAAGUUCAGAAAGCAGAAGACUAUAGAGAAGAAGGUGGAAAAGCAGAAAUUCAGGGUAGUUAUUUAGAGAAGAGGAGCAUGCACAAAAAGCAAACAGGUCAAGAAAAAGUACCAGGAGAGUUGGAGAAGGUGUCACCUGCUCCUUCACCAGUGCAGAAGGGUUUGAAAUUGAGCACUGAUGAAAGGGUGUGUAAGCCCAUUGAUUCACCUGGAGAGGAAAAAGAAGUAAAGAAAACUGAAAUGAAAGAAAAAUCUCAAAAAAAAGAAUCUGAAAAAGAAGAAAAAAGCAGAAAAGAACAGAAGGGCCUAAAAAAUGGCAAGCAGCAAGUCCUAAGUUUGGGUAUGGACAUGCAGUUAGAAUGGCUGACACUAGAAGAAUUCCAGAAGCAUCUUGAUGGAGAAGAUGAGAAUCAUGUAUCAACAGAACCAAUAUCAAGUACUCUCCUGAGAGAUGCUGUUAAAAGUGGAGACUACAUGACAGUGAAAAUGGCGCUUUCUUCAAAUAAAGAAUAUAAUCUGGAUCAAGAGGAUGCAAGUGGAAUGACCCUGGUAAUGCUUGCUGCUGCUGGAGGGCACGAUGACCUUCUGCGGGUGCUAAUCAGGAAAGGAGCUAAAGUUAAUGGUAGACAGAAAAAUGGAACAACUGCAUUGAUACAUGCAGCUGAAAAGAAUUUUCUAACAACGGUAGCUAUUCUUCUGGAAGCUGGAGCAUAUGUGAACAUGCAGCAGAGCAGUGGUGAAACUGCCUUAAUGAAGGCCUGUAAAAGAGGGAAUUCUGAUAUAGUGCGGCUCAUGAUUGAAAGCGGAGCUGACUGCAACAUUUUGUCCAAGCAUCAGAACAGUGCCAUGCAUUUUGCUAAACAGUGCAAUAACGUACUGGUAUAUGAGCAGCUCAAGAGCCACUUGGAAACACUCUUAAAAGUAGCAGAAGAUACCAUCAGGAGUUAUUUUGAAGCCCGCCUUGCUUUGCUGGAGCCAGUGUUCCCAAUUGCGUGUCAUCGUCUCUGUGAAGGGCCAGACUUUUCUAUGGAUUUUAACUAUAAACCUCCACAAAACGUGCCAGAAGGAUCUGGAAUUCUUCUCUUUAUUUUCCAUUCAAAUUUCUUUGGUAAAGAAGUUGUUGCUCGGCUCUGUGGACCAUGCAGUGUACAAGCUGUGGUUUUAAACGACAAAUUCCAGCUCCCUGUAUUUUUGGAUAGUCACUUUAUUUAUUCCUUCAGCCCUACUGCAGGCCUUAACAAGCUUUUCAUACGGUUGACAGAAGCUCCUACUGCCAAGGUAAAGCUGCUCAUAGGAGCUUACAGAGUGCAGCUACAGUGACCUCUGAGCAUGCUGAGUGGACUGACACUUUUUUGGAUAUUCUUCUGAUUCCUCUGUUCAGAGACUGACAAAGCAGUUUGGAACUUUUUGGCACCACACUGUGAGGACUCAGUUCCCAGCUCACUGUUGCUUGUUGGCAGUCACAGGAAGUGUGUGUUGGAGAGCAGUUGAAUAUGCUGCACUGGUGGGACAGGGUUGUCAGCUUUUUUUACUUUGUACAGAUGUAGAUGUAAGUAUUUGUGCCAAUACAUAUAAUUCUGUUUUUCUUUAACUUGUGGAGUCCAGACUGCAUAUUUCAGCUUUUCCACAAUGUGGAAUGGUGCAUAUAAGAACUAUUUAAGGUAAUUACAUGAAAUGUCUUUUUUAAAGAUCAUCUUCAUUUGUAAACUAAAGUUUUCUACUUACUCUAACGUUUCUAUGUGAAAUGCAGAACUGUCAUAUUAUUGGAGUCAUGGGCAGAAAUUACACUUUAAAAUGACUGCAUUAGGUUUAACUUUUAAGUUGCUGAGGGCUGUGUUCUGGUUUAAAACUGCUGCUGUUCCUUUCUCUCAAUGAGACAGCAGUUAUGCUUAGAGUGAUUCCCUUUGAACUAACAGAGUUCAGUCUGCAGGCGUGAACAAAGACAUCUGAACAGGCUCAGUUCAUAGAGGGUUGCAGUCAGGUUCCCAGUUAAAUCACUGGUUAAACCUGCUUUGGUAGUAGAGAAGUAACUGGUAGUUUAUCAGACAUCUUAACUUUUGCAGUCUUAGGUGACAUCUGAAAAACAAACAAAAGCUGAAAAUAGCAAACCAGAAAACUUUUAACUACCUUCAGUGUGCAGGCAGUGCUUUCUGUAGACAAGAAGAUACAUAGAGAAUUUCAGAUGUUCUCAACCUGACAGAUGAGAGAACACGUGUUGUCCUUUAAUUCAGAAAUUCAGCUCCUCAGUGCAAAAAGCUGCUAUAUUUUUAUUUUAUUAUUAUUAUUAUUAUUUUAUUUAAGUGACCCAUUUUAUCAGAUGACAGCAGUUUUGUAAUGGUCCUGUGCUGUAAAAUAUAAAUGUAAUACUUCCGCAUGGAGUAUAGAAUAUUUUUCUUUGUAAAUUAACCAACAUCUUGAAAGGUAGGAAAAACCAAACCAGAUCGUGCCUUUGCUGUUCUAGUUGUCAUGUGUAGUUUACAUGCCACUAUGUGCCUAUAUUAUUAGCAAAACUAUUGUGGAUAAAUUCUUGAUGAUUUUGACGGCUCACCAUCAAAAUGGUGCAGAUGUAUGAAGUAUCCUUUUAAGAACUGUGACUUUUUAAUACAAAGUUCAAUUAACCAGUUUUUAAUUUUUUGUUCUUGGAAGUUUAAAUCUUCCAUAUUUAAGAGAUGCCAAAUGAGUAGCAAAGGACACCAAUUUUGUGGAAUGUCACAUUAAGCUAUAUAAAACUAGAACAGCAGCAUGACAUACAAAUCCUCAUUUCUGUUUUCAUUUAGAAUAGUUGCUUAUGUUUUUGCACAGUAUUGAUGAAAUCUUAACAAGUUUGGGUUUUGAACAGACUUGAUACCUCCACCUCUCUGAAAUAUGUUAGAUACCUCACUUUGCUAAGUGUGAACACCUGAGAUGCAUGAAAGGCACUGGCUGAGAAUCAGGUAUGUCACUGCCAGCACUUGGGACUUUGUGUAGCUGAAAUUUUAGUCACUGUGCGUAACCCUGGAUGAUGCAUAAGGAAAGGGGACACUCGUGUUUCCUUACAUUGGAGUGCCAGUUUUCAUGUACGUGGCUGCUCCUUGCAGUUACUCCGGUGUAGGACGUGUGGCAGCACAGUGCGUGUGGGACAAGCUCUGUACAGCACCUGCCAGUGGGAAAUGCUGGAGCUGCUCCAGGCGGGGAUAAAAGGUGUUUUGAACAAAUGUCCAAAUGCUAGAGAUGCUAUUUAGAAACUGUUGUACAGUCUAACCUAAAAAUGUCUAGUAAUGCUCCAAGAGUUGAUAGAGCAAGUAGUUUGUCAAAGGCUGCUGAUUUGGGGGAUUGUAUUGUUUUUUAUCUUGAGGCACUUGGGAGAGAGAGAGGAGUUCUACAGAACAUGGGAAUGAAAUCUGGCUUUCAUGAUGCUUUAUUAAGGGAUGGAUAUUUUGCAGCCGUCUUCCUCUUUUAGUUGGCAAUAUAAAUUCAGAAUCCCCAUUGAAGAUGCUUAAGAAGUGUAUGAAAAGCUGUUUGAAGCUGGGUUUUGUCCAUUUUUAUUGUAUGGUUUUAAUUCAAUUGCUGAAAAAGGUUUUGGUGGACAAAGGAUGGAGAGAAAGUAGCUACAAUAAAAAACAAUUCUUUAGGCACUGUGGAGAAAUA